AUGGAGGCGCUGAGUGAUUUUAACGCCCUACAACAGCAGAUCCAAGUAUCCCUCGUCGCCGUCACUCGAUCAUCGCAGGCCAUCUCAUCCGAGGACUUGGGCUUCCACCGAUCUCUGGAUCCAUCGCUAGGUCGCGCUCUCGACACACAGAAUGCGCGGCUUCUGGGGCUUGCGGAACGCCUUCUGGGCAAUGCGGCUUCGAAUACGGAGCUUGUACGUCCCAAGUUGCCCGACACAGACGCUGUAGACGCACAGUGGAGCAGCGUCGUUGAUGUAAUCGACAGCUUGCUUGAGAAAGCAGACAUAAGCCUGGACGAAUAUACCGGUGCUGUUAAGCGCUUGAGCCCGGCUAGAGAACAGGCACAAACACCAACCAAGUCGCAAAAGUUCUCUCGCAUCUCCCAAGCUCUCCGAACACAAGACAUUCCCAAACCUCAACUAAACUUCAACCAUGUUCCCACCAACGCCGAAACAGGACCCUUCAAACCCCUUCUUCAAUCAAAACCUCACGCAACUGUACCUUUCGCCAAAGCUCUGGAGUUGUUCAAGGACCACAACGAUGUCGAGCACCACCCGCAUCCUUACCAGAAAGAAAUCGAGCAGUACGAGUACCCGUCAUUUGUCUACACUCAGGCAGAGCCCAUCCCUUACCACCCCUACGAAUCUACUACCGCUAUCUUUGUCGACACGGAAGAAAAGGUAGACGAGAUGCUUCAGGAGCUCAAGAAGGCCAAGGAGAUUGCUAUUGAUCUGGAACACCACGAUUCGCGCUCAUAUAUCGGUAUUGUGUCAUUAAUGCAGAUCAGCACUCGCGACAAGGACUGGAUUGUCGACACUCUUCAACCCUGGAGAAGAAAGCUAAGCAAACUUAACGAAGUCUUCGCCGAUCCCAACAUCCUCAAGGUCUUGCACGGCGCUUUCAUGGAUAUCACCUGGUUGCAGAGAGAUUUGGGCUUGUACGUCGUGGGUCUGUUCGACACGCAUUUUGCAUCAAGAGCUUUGGGAUACACAGGAGGAAGUCUGGCAUUUUUGCUUAAGAAGUUUGUCAACUUUGACGCACAGAAACAAUACCAGACAGCCGACUGGCGCAUCAGACCCCUUCCUCAGGAGAUGUUUGAAUACGCUCGAUCAGACACACACUUCCUUCUUUACAUCUACGACAACAUGCGCAACGAGCUUAUCGAGAAGUCCGACUUUUCCGUUUCCAACCACGAACAGGACAAGAUUCACGACGUCUUGACACGCUCCCGAGAUACCGCUCUACAACGAUACGAACACCCUGUGUACGAUGCCGCACAAGGUCUGGCCCUUUUGGAGAAGCAGCAAUUCGCUGUCUUCCGCGCUGUACACCAAUGGCGCGACCAAGUUGCUCGUGAGCAGGAUGAUAGCACUCACUACGUCAUGGCCAAUCACAACAUUUUCAGUCUCGCAAAGGAGAUGCCUACUGAGAAAGCUCAACUGUUCGCUGUUGCCCAAAACACAAGUCAGACUGUGCGCCUGAGAGCCGACGAGCUGUUGUCCGUGAUCAUCAAAGCCAAGGAGCAAGGCGAGAACGGACCUGACAUGGUUACUACCAUGAAAGAGAUCGAAGCACAACUGCUGGGAGUUCCGCUUCACGAGACACCUACUCACUUUGCUGCUCUCAAACAGUCACAGCCUAAACAAGCCGUUGUGGCGACUACACCAGCACCUCAACCACCGGUUCUGAGCCGUACAGACAGCAGCGAACCAUCAGGAGUCCGCGCAAAGGUGUCCCAAUUCUGGGGCGGUCUGUUUGGUGGCAAGAGCCAGAGCGAACAGCCUCGUCCUUACUCUUCAAACAUCUCACUCUCCGUUCCUCUUCCUCCAUUGACAGCAGAAGUGUUUGCUUCAUCGGCUCCGUUGACAGCACCACCUACCCCUGCUAGCGCUACACCCACAUCCGCCACACCUUCAAGCGCGCUACCAACACCUAAGGAUCGCGUCUUCACACUCAAGGAGCGUGGACGUAAGCGUGAUUCUGACGCCAUGUCGACCGGCAACGACAAUCUCGCGACAAACGCCGAUGAGAUCGACAUCACAGCUGAUGAUAGCUUGGAAGCUAAGCGCGAAGCCAAGCGCCAACAAGUUGAUCUGGAGGAGGAAGAAUUCGAUUAUGCAGCUGCACCAAGUGUGCUAGAUGCCAACAAGGAGGAUCCUCGUGACAGAAAGAAGAACAAGAAGGAGCCCAAGACGAAAGCAUUCAAUCCUUUCGUCAAGGCGCUAGACACGAUGAAGGGUAUGCCUAGAGGGCAGAAGGAGAGGGCUGGCAAGAGUAUGACUUUCAGAAAGUAG